AUGACCAAAACCCGGAUCCUCAACCCGACCCAUUUCCCUUCUCCUAAAUCCCUACGCUGCGGCAGCGGCGGCGGCGACACCAACUUCAUGGAACAGCUCCUCCUCCACUGCGCCACCGCCAUCGACUCCAACGACGCCGCAUUGGCUCACCAAAUCCUCUGGGUCCUCAACAACAUCGCUCCACCAGACGGUGACUCCUCCACACAACGUCUCACCUCCGCCUUCGUCCGCGCUUUGCUCUCACGCGCCGUCUCAAAAAUCCCCGCCGCAGUUGGAAACGCCGUCUUCCUACCGCCUGCCGAAGAAAUCCACCAGUUUUCACUCGUGGAGCUCGCCGGAUUCGUCGACCUCACGCCGUGGCACAGAUUCGGAUUCAUAGCGGCCAACGCGGCGAUCUUAACCGCCGUGGAGGGUUACUCAACGGUUCAUAUCGUUGACCUAAGUUUGACUCACUGUAUGCAAAUCCCUACUCUCAUAGACGCCAUGGCAAACAAACUCAACAAACCUCCGCUUCUCAAACUCACCGUCGCCUCCUCCUCCGACUUGCCACCGUUCAUCAACAUCUCCUACGAAGAGCUCGGAUCAAAACUCGUCAACUUCGCCACCACGCGUAACAUCGAAAUGCAAUUCACAAUCGUUCCUUCGACUUACUCCGACGGCUUCUCCUCCCUUCUCCAACAAUUACGUAUUUACCCUCCUUCGUUCAACGAAGCUCUCGUCGUUAACUGCCACAUGAUGCUCCGUUACAUCCCCGAGGAAACCCUAACGUCGUCAUCGUCGUCCAUUAGAGCGGUUUUCUUGAAACAACUCCGAUCUUUGAAUCCAACAAUCGUAACCCUAAUCGAAGAAGACGCGGAUCUCACAUCGGAGAGUUUGGUUACACGGAUAAGAUCGGCGUUUAACUACUUCUGGAUCCCUUUCGACACGACGGACACGUUUAUGAGCGAGCAGAGACGGUGGUUCGAGGCGGAGAUAAGUUGGAAGAUAGAAAACGUGGUGGCGAAGGAAGGUGGGGAGAGAGUGGAGAGGACGGAGACGAAGAGACGGUGGAUUGAGAGGAUGAGAGAAGCUGAGUUCGGUGGAGUUAGGGUUAAGGAAGAGGCGGUGGCGGAUUUGAAAGCGAUGCUGGAGGAGCACGCCGUUGGAUGGGGGAUGAAGACGGAUGACGACGACGCGAGUCUUGUGCUGACGUGGAAAGGUCAUAGUGUAGUUUUUGCUACCGUUUGGGUACCGAUUUAA